AUGCCUCCCGGCUUCCCUCCUUCCAAGUGCCUCGUCCCCCUACACACGCUUGGUCACUCUCCUCCCGAAUCUUUUCAAGCGCCCCUAGAACCUGACAGCGUAUCCCAGUCCAAUAACCCCUCCUCUUUUGCUUCUUCCAGUAUGAGACUUUCCGCGCCAUUCAAUGAGCCAGGAUCUAGUCGCCACGGCCAGAGUCAAUGGACGCACCGUUCGGACGUGACUCGCGAAACGCCCGACGGGGAGGUGCCUGCCUCACUCCAAGAGAAUUCUGAAUCCAGCUUUGCCCUGUCCGCAGCAGAGGCAGUUGUUUUCAACCAGCCCAUCAUUGACAACACCUCACAUGACAUUACUCAACCACCUCACCCACACAACCGCCCCGGAAGCGCAUCUACACACGAGGAUGACCUUACCAUUGAUAGCCUGACUCAAGGUCAAGCUCGCUCCACGUCGUUCUAUACCGGUACCGACACCAGCGGGCAUGGGAACUAUCCCUUCAUCACAAACAGUACCUCUCACUUCUUAGACUUCCAUGUCAAUGGAGACAACGGAUAUACAGCCUACAGAGCUGACUUUCCCUACCUGUUGAAUACAAACAACAGCACGCACGCCCAUCUGUGCACCACAGUAGCCUGCACCGACCCAGGCUGCUACACCCAUACCAACCUCUCCCUGCUGCAAGAGCAUUAUUUGAUUGGUAUUGGUUCCAUCUUCGCCCAUAUCGAUCACGAGGGACAGACAUACAAUGAUGACAUCUCUAUCGAUGGUGAUCACGAGAGACAGUCAAAUCGCGCUCAGCCAAAUCUCUGGGACAAUGAUGGCAUGGAUCAGGCGAAGUGA